AUGGCAACACUCCAACGCCCUACACUCUGCUCCCCGGAUUCUCACAUUUCUAUCACGAACUACUGCACCGUCCUUGAUAUCUUCCAAACCCACCUAUAUUAUAUAUGGCCAAUCGUCGAUGCAGAAGAUCUCAAAUUUCAGUUAAGUGGCGACAAAGAGAUUGACACCAGUACACACGCACUAGCAGCUGCCUUGUGUGCCGCAACGUUAGCACAAACCCGACUCUGGCUUACACAAGACCCAUGCCCCGAUGGUCUUACUGUGACAGCCCACGAAUUUGCGAAGGAAUGCUUACGGAUUCGAUUGGAGCACAGCUACAACCAACCAUCACUGCAAGCUCUUGUGACAUCAAUCUUCCUUCACAUGUACUAUUCCAAUCAAGACCAGGUCACACCAGCUACCAUUUCCCUUCGUGAAGCCAUCACAUAUGCAGACCUAAUGCACCUGUGUCGUCAUGUACCGUCUGAUACGACACAAUCAAAAUGGCAAUUGGAACUCCGAUGCUACUGGGUACUUUUCAUCACCGAGAGAACCUUCUGCAUCCAGCACGACCUUCCAAUCAUCCUCUAUAGGACGCCCAAUCUUCCCGAAGUUGAGCAUAACAGUCCCAAGGGCGAUCUAUAUGCUGGCUUUUGCACGCUCGUCCAGUUAUUCCAUCAUAUUCAGCGCCCUCUAGCACUCCCUUCAUUCAACAGCAAAGAUAUUGAAGCCCCGGAGACGUACUCCAAGAACGCAAUAUCAGAAAUUCAACAUCUCAUUGAGGUCCAACAACCUGGACUAGAAUUGAAAUUCGAAAUUCAAUAUGUGGAUAUCCUGACUACUUCUGCAUGGAUCCGCUCUCUACUCUGGCAAUAUUGUGCCUCACAUUUUAUGCUUUCGUCAGCGACCUCAAUUGAGCCCUUGUCAUUUGACUACCCACUUUUGAUUGCUAGAGACUAUUUGGCAUCCAUCUCCCACGUAUCAAUUGAGUCAGUUCGCAGCCAUGGAUAUGGAAUGGAGAUCAAGCUACUUCAAAUUGCAAAUCCCAUUUUGGACUUGGUACUUUGUAUGCCAACUCUUCUUACUUACAAGACAUCUCAUUUCAGUCCACUAGAUGCUGUUAUUGCCAUCGAACAGCUUCUUUCAAAGGUUGGAGGGUCAAAGUCGGAAAGACUGUCUCAGCUACAUCAGCGGUUGAGGCAAGUACCCUCUAUGGGUGAUAUGCCAUUGAUGUUAGAAUUUCCUCAAGAGGAGGAGCUGGAGGAAAUCCUUGCUUAG